AGGACUGAGAGGUGAGCGCGGGCCGUGGGUGGCUGCCGCGGAGUGAGAUCCCGGGUCAGGGACGCUGCUGCGGGAGCGCGGUGCGGGUGACCAAAGCCACGUAAUGUCAGUAACUCGUUCAUCCGUCCAUGCCAAAUGGAUUGUGGGGAAAGUGAUUGGGACAGCAAUGCAAAAAACCGCCAAAGUGAGGGUGACCAGGCUUGUGCUGGAUCCCUACUUACUAAAGUACUUUAAUAAGAGAAAAACCUACUUUGCUCACGAUGCCCUUCAGCAGUGCACUGUUGGGGAUAUUGUGCUUCUCAAAGCUUUACCUGUCCCACGGACAAAGCACGUGAAACAUGAACUGGCUGAGAUUGUUUUCAAAGUUGGAAGAGUGAUAGAUCCAGUGACAGGAAAACCCUGUGCAGGCACCACCUACCUGGAGAGUCCAAUCAGUGUGGAAACCACCCACCUAACCAAAAACCUGGAAGAACUCAAUCUCUCCUCAACACAGUGAAGGAGGGUUGGAAGGAGGAGCCAAAGGGAAAGACUGACACAUUUGCUUUGUGGAAAACGAAAUUUGCCUACCUUUCAUAAAACCGUCCAGUGUCUGCUGUAGUAUUUAUGAAAUAGCUAAAAGUAAAUGAGGUAAAGGGCUUGUUACAACUUUUCGUAAAAGCUUAUGAUCAGGUUUAAGAUUUUAAGUAAAGAUACUUUUAUGCUAA